AUGGCUAAGCUAAGCAGGACGGACAGCCACAGUCCUGGGGUGGGUGUCGCCACCGCCACCCAGGCAGCUGUUUACCUUCCAGAGGCUGACAGUGCUCUCUCACCAGAGGAAACAGCCAUGGAGCAAGUCUGCCAGCCCGAAGAGAUGAAACGCCUUCAAGGCACCCACUUAAACCAAAGCCCAGGAAAGUCCUAUGACCCCUUGGCUCUUAAGGAAGUGCUGGUGUGUGCCUCCCAGUUGGAGGAAGAGGAACAAAAUGAGGAAGAGAGGGAGGAGGAGGUGGACCCAGAUUUAGCCCCUGACCUGGAGGAGGAGGAGGAGCAGGAAGAGGAGGAGGAAGAGAAUGAUCUCGGGGAUCCAGCUGUCCUCAGCGCUGUCCGUAACAUCCAGAAAGGUCUUCUCAGCUCCCCUGGAAUCAAGGCCCCUGGUGUGCUGGGGAUGUCGCCUGCUUCCUUGCACUUUCUGUGGCAGACUCUGGACUACCUGGCACCACUUCCUUUCCGGCCUGCCUUUCCCAGCACCAGCACUGCAGCCCCGCACUUCGGACCUCGACUGCCCUCGCCAGACCCAUCUGUCCUCUGCAGCCCGUCGACCUCGUGGCCCCUUAGGCUCAGUCAUCUGACCCAGCUCCACCCUCAGCACCAGCGGAUCUUGAAGCAACAGCAGCAGCAUGGUCGACCACCAAGUCCCCCAGCCAAGAAGCCUUGGUCUCAGCAGCCAGACCCCUAUGCUAACCUCAUGACCCGAAAAGAGAAGGACUGGGUGGUAAAAGUGCAGAUGGUUCAGCUGCAGAGUGAGAACCCCCGCCUGGAUGACUAUUACUACCAGGAAUAUUAUCAGAAACUAGAGAAGAAGCAGGCAGAUGAAGAGCUGCUUGGGCGAAGGAGCAGGUUUGAGUCCUUCAAGCUGGUCACACCUUACAUUCAGAAGGCGGAGGCUUAUGAGUCAGUGGUUCGCAUCGAGGGUUCCCUGGGCCAGGUAGCUGUAUCAACGUGUUUUAGCCCUCGCCGAGCUAUUGAUGCUGUGCCCCAUGGAACUCAAGAGCAGGAGGCUGGAGCUGCAAGCAGUCAGAGGCUUCAGGUGUUGUACCGGAUUGAGAAGCUGUUCCUUCAGUUACUAGAGAUAGAGGAAGGCCAGAAGGACGGGCCCGCACAGCCCUGUGAGCAGCAGAGCAGCCAGCUUGAGAAGCUCUUCCAGGCCUUAAAGACCCAGGAACAGAAUAAUCUGGAGGAGGCAGCGGAUGGCUUCCUGCAGGUGCUCUCCGUGAGGAAGGGAAAAGCCCUAGUGGCCCGGCUGCUCCCCUUCUUGCCCCGAGAUCGAACUGUCAGCCUUCUUCUGGCCAUCACCCGCCAUCUGCCCCUCCUUGUCAAGAGGGAUGUGGCUGAUCAGGCCCUGCAAACGUUAUUCGAACCUCUGGGCAAAUGUAUCAGCCACUUGACCUUCCAUGAACUCCUCCAAGGACUUCAGGGGCUCAUGCUGCAACCACCUGGCUCCUCAGAGCGGCCAGUCACUGUGGUGCUGCAGCAUCAGUUUGGAAUAUCUUUGCUCUAUGCCCUGCUAAGUCAUGGGGAGCAGCUGAUAUCACUGGAUUCUUCCCUAGAGGAACCCAACAGUGACCACACAGCUUGGACAGACAUGGUAGUUCUCACUGCCUGGGAGAUAGCUCAAAUGCCCACAGCCUCUCUGGCAGAACCCCUGGCCUUCCCCAGCAACCUUCUUCCUCUGUUCUGUCACCAUGUGGACAAACAACUGGUACAGCAGCUGGAGGCUAGGAUGGAGUAA